AAACACAGCUUUAUUAGGGCACUUGAACUUCGGACUUACGAAGGGUUGAGAACAAAUUCUAACCCAAUAAACUCCAGAAGCUUUCAAAUACAAACAAUCUCCACUGGACGGGAGAACCUCCCAGCGCCCUAACCAUGGACGAUAUACAUACCCCCACGGUCGAAUCAGGUCCUACGUCCAACGGCGUUCUUAAUGGGCAGAUACCAGCUAAUCUUUCUCUCCUCGAACUUAUGGACCGAAGAGACGCAGUAGAAGCGGAACUCAAAGCACUCAGUAGCGUACUUCAGUCUCAUGGAGUCCACAUGAGUACGGGUCUUACGACUAUUGACGGAUUUCCUAGAAGUGAUAUUGACGUGGCACAAAUACGGACGACACGGGUUCGAAUCAUACACCUGCGAAACGAUUACAAAGAACUUAUGGGACGCAUCGAGAAGGGUCUCCAUGCCCACCAUGCAGCGAUACGAGAACGCGGUGCCCAAGACGCGUCGACAACAAGUGGUCUCUCGGCUUCAAGUCCAGCUGGAAUAAGCGAAUCUUCUUUGGAGGCGCCAUUUGCGAAAGUCAACAGUGUGGCAGACGGCAGUCCCGCUCAUACCGCUGGAUUGCGAGCUGGCGAUAAGAUCACCAACUUUGGCAUUGUCGACUGGACGAACCAUGAGCGACUGAGCAAGGUGGCCGAAGUGGUCCAGCAAAACGAAGGGCGUCCAUUAGUGGUCAAGGGUAUUAGAGGCGUGUCAGGCAUGACUUUCACGUUAACACCACGUCAGAACUGGGGAGGACGCGGGAUGCUAGGCUGCCACUUGGUUCCAAUAUAGAGCCGCUUUGUGUGACCGCAGUAGAGGCAGAAGUUAUGUCUCUGGUUGCCUGACUCCUCCUGCGAGUUGACAGCAGGAUGUCGAUGCUUGAUGGAACAUGGUUCGCAAGGAUAGUGACGAUAUCACGGGUACUUGGCCGGGAGAACUUAUCUUCCAAAUAAAGACUCUUUCAUGAGGUAGAAUGAAAUUGGUCCAGACAGAGAAUCUGCUGUGGUG